CGCGUACUCCGGGUGACGCCGCUGCCGCCGCUGCCGCCGCCGCCCCCUCACUGCAGGUGGCAGCGGGAGCGCCGGGUCCGGGCGGCUCGGGGGCGCGGGCGGGCGCGCGCGGGGGAGCCCGGCCGAGGAUGGGCUGCGCCCCCAGCAUCCAUGUCUCGCAGAGCGGCGUGAUCUACUGCCGGGACUCGGAUGAGUCCAACUCGCCCCGCCAGAGCAGCAGCGUGUCGCAGGGCCCCGCGGCGCCCCUGCACGGCCUCUUCGUGCAGACCGACGCCGCCGACGCCAUGCCCCCGAGCCGCGCGCCCGGACCCCCGGGUGCCGUCCGGGUCCGCAGGGCCCGGGCCGAGCUGGGCAGCGGCAGCAGCGCGGGCUCCUCGGGCCCCGCGGCGACCACCUGCAGGGGCCGGAGGCGCCACUGCUGCAGCAGCGCGGAGGCCGAGACCCAGACCAGCUACACCAGCGUCAAGCAGGUGUCGUCGGCAGAGGUACGCAUUGGGCCCAUGAGACUGACGCAGGACCCUAUCCAGGUUUUGCUAAUCUUUGCAAAAGAAGAUAGCCAGAGUGAUGGCUUCUGGUGGGCCUGCGACAGAGCCGGUUACAGAUGUAACAUUGCUCGGACUCCAGAGUCAGCCCUUGAAUGCUUUCUGGACAAACAUCAUGAAAUUAUUGUGAUUGAUCACAGGCAAACCCGAAACUUUGAUGCAGAAGCAGUGUGCAGGUCGAUCCGGGCUACGAACCCCUCGGAGCACACAGUAAUCCUCGCUGUGGUGUCACAAGCAUCUGAUGACCAUGAAGAGGCCUCAGUUCUUCCUCUUCUCCAUGCAGGCUUCAACCGGAGAUUUAUGGAGAAUAGCAGCGUAAUUGCUUGCUAUAAUGAACUGAUUCAAAUAGAACAUGGGGAAGUUCGCUCACAGUUCAAAUUACGGGCCUGCAAUUCAGUGUUUACAGCAUUAGACCACUGUCACGAAGCCAUAGAAAUAACAAGUGAUGACCACGUGAUUCAGUAUGUCAAUCCUGCCUUUGAGAGGAUGAUGGGCUACCACAAAGGGGAACUUCUGGGGAAAGAACUUGCCGACCUACCUAAGAGCGACAAGAACCGGGCAGACCUCCUGGACACCAUCAAUACGUGCAUCAAGAAGGGAAAGGAGUGGCAGGGGGUUUACUAUGCCAGACGGAAAUCCGGGGACAGCAUCCAACAGCACGUGAAGAUCACCCCAGUGAUUGGCCAAGGAGGGAAAAUUAGGCAUUUUGUCUCCCUCAAGAAGCUGUGUUGUACCACUGACAAUAAUAAGCAGAUUCACAGAAUUCAUCGUGAUUCAGGAGACAACUCUCAGACAGAGCCACAUUCGUUCAGAUACAAGAGCAGGAGGAAAGAGUCCAUUGAUGUGAAAUCAAUAUCUUCUCGAGGCAGUGAUGCACCAAGCCUACAAAAUCGCCGCUAUCCCUCCAUGGCAAGAAUCCACUCCAUGACCAUCGAGGCUCCCAUCACAAAGGUUAUAAAUAUAAUCAAUGCAGCCCAAGAAAACAGCCCAGUCACAGUAGCAGAAGCCUUGGACAGAGUUCUAGAAAUUUUACGGACCACAGAACUGUACUCCCCUCAGCUGGGAACCAAAGACGAAGAUCCUCAUACCAGCGAUCUUGUUGGAGGCCUGAUGACUGAUGGUUUGAGAAGACUGUCAGGGAAUGAGUAUGUGUUUACAAAGAAUGUGCACCAGAGUCACAGUCACCUUGCGAUGCCCAUAACCAUCAAUGAUGUCCCCCCUAGUAUCGCCCAAUUACUUGACAAUGAGGAAAGUUGGGACUUCAACAUCUUUGAAUUGGAAGCAGUGACACAUAAAAGGCCUUUGGUUUACCUGGGCUUAAAGGUCUUCUCUCGGUUUGGAGUAUGUGAAUUUCUAAACUGUACUGAAACCACUCUUCGAGCUUGGCUGCAAGUGAUUGAAGCCAACUACCACUCCUCCAAUGCCUACCAUAAUUCCACCCAUGCUGCCGAUGUCCUGCACGCCACAGCUUUCUUCCUUGGAAAGGAAAGAGUGAAGGGAAGCCUCGAUCAGCUGGAUGAGGUGGCUGCCCUGAUUGCUGCCACAGUCCAUGAUGUGGAUCACCCUGGAAGGACCAACUCUUUCCUGUGCAAUGCAGGCAGUGAGCUUGCUGUGCUCUACAAUGACACCGCAGUCUUGGAGAGUCACCACACAGCCCUGGCCUUCCAGCUCACGGUCAAGGACACUAAAUGCAACAUUUUCAAGAAUAUUGACAGGAACCAUUAUCGAACACUGCGCCAGGCUAUUAUUGACAUGGUUUUGGCCACAGAGAUGACAAAACACUUUGAACAUGUGAACAAAUUUGUGAACAGCAUCAACAAGCCAUUGGCAGCUGAGAGUGAAGGCAGUGACUGUGAAUGCAACCCCACUGGGAAGAAUUUUCCUGAAAACCAAAUCCUGAUCAAGCGCAUGAUGAUUAAAUGUGCUGAUGUGGCCAAUCCAUGCCGGCCCUUGGACCUGUGCAUUGAAUGGGCUGGAAGGAUCUCUGAGGAGUAUUUUGCACAGACUGAUGAAGAGAAGAGACAGGGACUACCUGUGGUGAUGCCAGUGUUUGACCGCAAUACCUGCAGCAUCCCUAAGUCCCAGAUCUCCUUCAUUGACUACUUCAUAACAGACAUGUUUGAUGCCUGGGAUGCCUUUGCACAUCUGCCAGCACUGAUGCAGCAUUUGGCUGAUAACUACAAGCACUGGAAGACAUUAGAUGACCUCAAGUGCAAAAGUCUGAGACUCCCAUCUGACAGCUAAAGCCAAGCCAGAGAAGGGACCUGUUGAUCUUCAAAGGACACUGUGACUCACACAGCAGUAUAAACAACAAGGUCUCCCUCAUAAUGAAAAUGACAAGUAUAGGUUAAGGAGAGAGUGUUUCAUAUUUGACCCUGAAUCACGUACACCCCCAAUUUUCAUUUUUAGAAAGUUAUGUUCUCAGUAAAAACGUGUUCUUCUGAAUGACCACUUCGUGAGAGAAUGAGCGCUUGGCAGCCUCCUCUGCCAUGCUGUUUCCCUGUGAGCCCUUGUAACACCAUGGGGCUGACUCACUGUAGCUAUCCAGCAGGAAGCAGAAGCAAAGACCUGGUGCUGUGAGCCCAUCCCCUGGGUGGAAACCAGAUAGCCUAGCCAGCGUUCAGCUAAACUUUUGCCAGAAAACUCACCAUCACUGUUUAGCUUGACUACUUUCCUCAAGAGCAAAAGUCUGAGAUUCUUAAGAAGCUCUUUUACAUGUAUCUCUUACAGAUUCAUGUAAGAAAAAAGCUACCUAACAUGAGUAUAACCAGGACCAAAUUAUCAAAACUCUAGUUAGUAUCACAGCUUCCAUGCCUACGUGGUUCUGGUGGAUGGUGAGAUACCAAGUUAGAGUGCAGCCCAGGUCUAGUGAGCGCCCUCUAGAUGGAGAUCAGCAGCCUGUGCGCCCUCUUUCCUCUAGAAGGACUUCACCUUACAGAAUGCCAACUGAUGGGGGAAGGAGUGGGAUCUUGCUUAGGGGGAAUCCACGAGCUUCCCUUAUUUCAGGCUCACAGAAGCAGCCACAAGGCAAUGAGCAUUCUAUAAAAGCCAUUAAAUCUGAAUGCCCCUGGACAGCAUUUUUUU